AUGCAGAAAGAAACCACCCGCCCAAAACAACCAAGAGGAGCUGAAAACAUGAAACCGGUUCUCUCUAAUGGAAGCACCUUAAUCACCUCGGCUCGGGUAGACCCUUUAGUUAACAGCUAGUUAUAACCAUUCCAUCAAGAAACACAGUAUUCAUGUUGGAUUUAAUUUGGUUAAAUUAAGUUGUUUGGAAACUGUGGGUUAAAUUCAUGCCCAUCGUGAUUUGUACACUACUGACUCUCUGAUGGUUGACUUGUUGCUUGUUUUUUGCUCAACGAAGCAGGGGCCCGUUUCUCGAAAGUCCCGGUAACUUUACGGCCCGAAAUCAAAUAUUCAAUUCGAAAUAUAAAGAAUAAGAGCGCGGGUCCAGGCUAGCAAACUACUCCAUUUCGUUUCAUUAACUGACAGUUUUAUCAUGUUAGAUGCAAAACUAUUGAAACCUCGAUCUUUAAUGUAAACGGAGACAGCUUACCAGGCCCGUUAAUUAUCGGGACUUUCGAGAAACGGGCUCCAGGUCUUUUUAAUGGACAAAAUCUUCUUUUCCGAGCACUCUCUUACAGCACAUGGGAUUGUACGACACUUUCUUACGUUUCACUAACUAGCCUCAUAAGACCACAUAAUAUGGUCUAUAGCAUAAUUCCUAUAACAGCACAAAAAUGUCAUGCAGAAAUUCACUCGCAAGCCCACUUAGCUUCAAUUUUUUUUAUUUGCAAAAAAUUGGUCGUAGCUAGUGGAGGGGCAAGGGGGCAGAUGCCUCCACGCCCCACGGAAAAAAAAAGUUGGGAUAAAAUUGGCUUUUUCUGAAGUGUUGAGCGGAAAACUUGAAAUUUGCUGAAAUCUUUGCGAAGUUUACAAAGAUAGUCACAUUUCGAAACAUUCGUUCAAGACAAUAGAACAGAUAAGUUUUGAAAAAACCCUGUGGUUGCGGAUUGAAGUGAUGGCUCAGGCUGUUAGAAACACUGUAACGAAAACCACGUACUGCCAACAUACUGCUCCCCAAAUUUUGCAUUAAAAAAAAUUAUUAAGUUAUUGUCUUCUAAAUACACUUGUGAAAUGGCAGUAUUCCCAGGAGCAUUUGAAAACAAUUGUUUUGUGCAAAAUUUGGGGAGCAAACAGAGUGUAUUAUAGGGGUUUCGAAAAUGGAGAAUAAGUGACUGGGAUGUGUUAUUUCCAUGUGAUAUCAUGUGGUCCAAUAAGUCGCGCCAGAUUAAGUACGAUACUGUGGCGUAGACGUGAAUAGCGGUUGAACUCCAGUCCAUAUUUUCUUAAUUUGUUUUCAAGGACUACCGUGUACCCUCGUCUCAUAUAUAUAGAGCGUAAAGGUGAAUGUGUGAAGGACCUUCCAGCUGCAAAAUGUAAAUACUUCCACCUGUCACUAGACAGGAGAACGUGGUACUCAUUAAUGUUAUCUGUAAAACAAAAAUUUUCGUUUAGAACGCGACUGAAGUAUGUCGAUUAGCCUUUUCCAGGCGUUCGGAUUGUAGGGGCGACCCUCAGAGAGACGCGGGUAGGAAAAAGGGCGAGGGGGUGGGGGUAGGGAGCAAUGCGUAUUUUUCCAGACCCACUUUACUACCAAGAAGGUCAACUAUUGGGAGUCGAACAAAGGACGGCCGGCCGAGACUAUUAAUAUUAAUCAUCUGCUUAACCUGUUUCCGAUCAGUUUUCUUUUCUCAGGAAUCGCGAUGUGCCGCAAAUUUUAUUGCAUAACUUGACAAAAUAGUCUAGGAUUUGAUGACCCGAAGAACUUUUAAACGAUCGUUAAAAACCUGUGAAACAGCACCCAAAAUUUGCAUAUUUUAGCCGCUAACGGUCGUCCAACAAUGAAAUGCUGGGAAUGCCAGUAAAAUAAACAAUUUCCUAAUUCUAACUGUAAUUUUGUUAUUAGGAUGGAUAGUAAUGUUGAUGAUAAAAAUAUAAGGCAAAAGUUUUGUCGAGUCCGAAAUCGAGUAGAACGCUUUUAGGGAGACUGCCUCUCAAAGCGCAGCGUUUUAUAAGGUUUAUAUGACAAAAAGAAAUGGGAAAAAAAGUGAUAAUCGCCUUUUCUUAGCUUAUCGUGUAGAGAAGAAUUAAAAUUACUUUUGCUGUAUUCUGUGUUCUGAGUUUUGAAUUGUUUUGGGCUGGUUUUACUAUCCUGUCUUGACCUUCAUACCUAAUUGCUGUAGGAGACUCUAAAGGAUUAGAGUUCAAAACCUUCAAAUUUUUCAUUUCAUUUUUCAUUUUAUUUGUUUCUCCAAACAAACUUAGUGCAGAUGAUAAUACAUAAUUAGAUAUGUAUGUGUAAUCAAAUGGUGACGAGUGAAAUUAGGGAAUAAUUACAAAACGUAGGUGAAAUUAUUCUCUUAUUUCACGAGUAUACCAUUUGAUUACCUAUUAAUAUUUUGGGUGACGAAUUACAUUAGCAAUCUUGGAUUUUUGACUUGUUUAUCCUGUAUCGUAUCGAUCGAGAACUCCACUCUCUCAAAUGUUUAGACCUUAAAUUUGGCUUAUAAAGUUCAAAAAUUUUCAGACUUUUUCGGCAAAAUACCUUCUUGAUGUUCUCUUGUGUGUUCAGGUUUUCUAAAACGUCUUUUUGUGCCCUGACAUCUUCAUUCACGGCAUUUUAAAACUUCGUCGCCAUCUUGACACUGAGACGUACGGAAUGGUUGCCAUGGCAAUUUUGUAAUUUCACGUGUGAAAUUACAAAUUAACGCUGAAAUUUCGCGCCAGAAUUAAGGAGUAAUUCGUCACUUAUGAUAUUAAAGGUGAAAAAGUACCCCGAGUAACAGAUAAAAUUAACAAAGGAAAGAAAACGUAUUAUACAAAAUUACAGCACUUAUGUAUAUAGGAAGGAGAGGAGAGGGGCACGUCUAAAUAAAAUAAUAUUAUGCCCCUUAAAGUUACGUAUAACAAAAAACUUGUAAUUUUUCAUAUUAAAGAGAUGAUGUUUCAUUAGUUUUGAGCAAGGUACCAGCGUAAAAGUGCUUUUUUAAACAUUUUUUCUAGAUGGUUUAUCUUUGAUUAAUUACGGAAUAGUAUUUCAAAAGAAUCUUCCAAUAACGCUGGGGCAGAAUCUCCUGAUUGUCCUUUUAAGCCAAAAAUCAAGAAAAGUAAAGCCUUUAAAUGAUGAGCAAACCGCACGUACACAAUCGUAUUCUAUCAGAUAAGAGAGCCAAUUACAUUUGCACUUGUCCAACAGAACGUGCUUGUUGAGUUUCUACUAAAACUAAGGAAACAAGAAAUAUGCCUUCUAUUUCUUAAUUAAAGGAAAAAACAAUGUAUACAAUGUUAUGAAAAUAAUGUGAUGUAUGGCACGCCAGCCAUUGCAAUUGGAGACAGUAGGAACUGGAACCACAGCUGAUACCUAGCUACAGUGAAAUGAACUCUGCUUGAGGUCUUUCCUCCUCAGAUGGCCACCGAAGUUCAAAAGCCUAAGAUAAUGGAUAGGCAAGCAAUGUUUUUGUAUAGUGAGGCUCACUCAAAUUAAACAUAUAAAAGUCAUAGAUAAAAUACAUCUUAAAACUUUAACGUAUAAAAAGGGGGGGAACAAGACCAAAUAUGUAACUACCGUAUCUAUAAUACAACCUAAAUGGUGAGGAGAAAUUAGAUAGGAAAGAGACAUUUCUUUAAAAAUUGUUUAUUUCCGCAUUGCGCUCAGUUUUAUCAAUAUUCAGUUCUAUUUCUUUCUCGCUUUCAGCUCCGCAAUCGGGUUUAAGAGCAUCUCAUUUACUGCAGCUUAAACUAAUUAACUGACGAGCCAAAGCACGGUAAACUUCCUGACACCAUCAACUUGGGGCCAUGUUUGUCAAAUAAAUCACUGCACAAAUGUUACGAUAAAAAAGGACGCCCACUUACACUGAAGGACCAGUCUCGGCAGAGAACUCUCACCAGUAGCUUUUCUUUAAGAUAUAUAACAUGACGUGGAAACGUAUAGCUUACCAUGAACAACAGUUCUGAACCCAACCCAGUCACUACAGGGACCGACAAAGUACCGGCCUUUCCUCCCUCCUUCGUGUAUCCAGUGGCGACGUGUCACAUCUUAAUUGUCGCAGUGGCAGCCCUCGGAAACUUCAUAGUUUGUUACGCAAUAAUCGCUAACAAAAGUCUCCGAAGCAGCCCAACAAAUUUGUUCAUUUUCUCGUUGGCGUUCUCUGAUCUUCUUACUGUAACAUUAGCAGUGCCAUUUGACAUAGAAGGCCUUUUCCUUAACUGGGCUUGGAAGCAUGGAGAAAUGAUGUGCGAGGCGUGGAUUACCGUUUACCUUAUCACUGUACCCACGUCCAUUUUGACCCUUUUGGCCUUGAGCGUGGAUCGUUACAAGAGUCUUGAAGAUCCCUUGAAUCGAUUUCGCCGCUUCCGAUUCAUGACACGAAAGAAAGCUUUAAUCGUCAUUUCUGUCAUCUGGCUUUACAGUUUGGUUUUUGCUUUACUUCCCGUCAUGGGCUGGAGAGCAUUUGACGAGUUUGUCUACGAGGGAAUAUGCUACUUUCCUUUCACAGAGAUUUACUCUACUCUCAGUUCUUGUUUAAAUUUUGUCAUCCCAUCACUAAUCACAUGUGGCAUUUACAUUAAGAUUUACGUCAUAGCCCGCUCUCAAAGCAGCGCUUUUGAUAAAGAGAUCUCACAACAAAUGCUUUCUACGGAAGCCUAUUCGCGAACACUGCGUUCUAGUAAAGAAAAGAGAGUUUAUUUAAGAAACGACCUCAAAGUAUGUUUGCUACCUGAAUCCUGAAUGGAUAUUAACAGUCUCCUUGAAUAGCGAGUUUUAAACAUGUAGUACAUCUUUUCUAGUUCCCUCAUUUUUCUGGUCGCACAACUGGUACUUGCAUUGGCUAAAGUUUAGAAGGCUUUCCUUUUCGAUCUUUUGUCCGAAAAUAAUGAAGCUGCAGCAAUUUUGGGCCGGCUACUUCACUGGCUCUCCAAAAGACAUAAGUUUAAAACCCAAGUAUUUUCUUCCCGGUUGCGGUCAUUCAAGUACCGAAAAGCAAUUUCCCAUGUUUUUUGAGCCACUGGUUUGACACAAGGCCUAUAAGAAUACUCGAACGCACUUACUUAAUUUCUAAUCACAGUAAGUGCACAGUACCAGAACGAGGCAAACUUACAGAGUACAAUGACGAAUCGAAUGUCCAGUGAGUCGCUCGCCAAAUAGUUAAAUCCGGUAGAUUAAUUCCACUCAGUGUAUGUUCUAUGACAAAAAUAAAAGCAAUUUUGAGAUCUAGGUCAAGCGUAAUACUGUAAGAGUGUUUGAGGCACAUAUUCAAUUAAGGAUAAGUUAACUCAACGUGUUAAAGGUUUGCACCCAGCGGUCAUUUCAUAAGUAGGUUGAGUAUGAUUGUGUUCAGACGAAACAUCAAAUCGACUUGGAUUCUGGGAUAUGUAUUACGUAUUCUACAUACUACUAUCAAGGACUCACUUUAGAAAGCUGGUUUACUAACUUAGAACAAACGCCACAGAAUCGAAGUCAACAGUUACCGGCACCGUACAAACGACUUAUUGACGGAAUCAAGCAAAACUAACUACGCGAGAACGACUGGACAACUGACACUUUGACUAACAAUAAACGACUGUUUAACUGUGACAAUAGACGGAUCGAAACACACCAAUAAAAAUAACGAGUCUUCAUAGGCAAUAACAUGACAGCUUAACUGAAAGACAACCAAUAACAUCGCGACUUAGUUGACCAAUCAGAUCAACAACCAGAGUUAAAGACGAUCAACUGAUGUGAUACAACUUACUUUGACUUUGAAGAUGUCUACCGCACAGGUUGUCGAAACGUCAGUCACUGUCAACAGCAACAUUCCUACUCAGGACUACCUUCACCUGGACGAUCAUACUCAACCUACUAAUAAACUCUAAGUUUUUUAAAUUAAUGAGAAAUUUUAUUAUCUGUUCGAUUCUUUUUAUUAAGAGGCAGCUUGUCCAGGAUGUAGAUAAAAGUCAUAGAUAAAAUACAUCUUAAAACUUUAACGUAUAAAAAGGGGGGGAACAAGACCAAAUAUGUAACUACCGUAUCUAUAAUACAACCUAAAUGGUGAGGAGAAAUUAGAUAGGAAAGAGACAUUUCUUUAAAAAAUCGUUCAUUUCCGCAUUGCGCUCAGUUUUAUCAAUAUUCAGUUCUAUUUCUUUCUCGCUUUCAGCUCCGCAAUAGGGUUUAAGAGCAUCUCAUUUACUGCGGCUUAAACUAAUUAACUGAGGAGCCAAAGCACGGUAAACUUCUUGACACCAUCAACUUGGCGCCAUGUUUGUCAAAUAAAUCACUGCACAAAUGUUACGAUAAAAAAGGACGCCCACUUACACUGAAGGACCAGUCUCGGCAGAGAACUCUCACCAGUAGCACAUCUUUAAGAUAUAUAACAUGACGUGGAAACGUAUAGCUUACCAUGAACAACAGUUCUGAACCCAACCCAGUCACUACAGGGACCGACAAAGUACCGGCCUUUCCUCCCUCCUUCGUGUACCCAGUGGCGACGUGUCACAUCUUAAUUGUCGCACUGGCAGCCCUCGGAAACUUCAUAGUUUGUUACGCAAUAAUAGCUAACAAAAGUCUCCGAAGCAGCCCAACAAAUUUGUUCAUUUUCUCGUUGGCGUUCUCUGAUCUUCUUACUGUAACAUUAGCAGUACCAUUUGACAUAGAAGGCCUUUUCCUUAACUGGGCUUGGAGGCAUGGAGAAAUGAUGUGCGAGGCGUGGAUUACCGUUUACCUUAUCACUGUACCCACGUCCAUUUUGACGCUUUUGGCCUUGAGCGUGGAUCGUUACAAGAGUCUUGAAGAUCCCUUGAAUCGAUUUCGCCGCUUCCGAUUCAUGACACGAAAGAAAGCUUUAAUCGUCAUUUCUGUCAUCUGGCUUUACAGUUUGGUUUUUGCUUUACUUCCCGUCAUGGGCUGGAGAGCAUUUGACGAGUUUGUCUACGAGGGAAUAUGCUACUUUCCUUUCACAGAGAUUUACUCUACUCUCAGUUCUUGUUUAAAUUUUGUCAUCCCAUCACUAAUCACAUGUGGCAUUUACAUUAAGAUUUACGUCAUAGCCCGCUCUCAAAGCAGCGCUUUUGAUAAAGAGAUCUCACAACAAAUGCUUUCUACGGAAGCCUAUUCGCGAACACUGCGUUCUAGUAAAGAAAAGAGAGUUUAUUUAAGAAACGUCCGAGCGGCCAAGACUAUCUCCAUCUUUGUAGCGGUGUUUUUCUUUUGCUGGGUUCCUCACUCUUCCAUCAGCAUCACGGCCAAUCUUUGUAAAUCAUGUCAAGCUAAAAUCCCUCAUGAAGUUCGAGUUGUAUUUGUGAUGUUUGGUUACCUUAACUCUGCCCUCAACCCAUUUCUUUUCGCUUUUCGAAACAAAAGAUUUAAGAAGCAAUGCAGAAAGAAACCACCCGCCCAAAACAACCAAGAGGAGCUGAAAACAUGA